AUGACAUAUAUUGCAGAAAAAAGCACAUCAAAUAUUUAUAAUGCUAUUCCAGAAUUCAACAAAGAUCUGGAGAAAGAUAUAAUUGGAGAUACGUCUGGUCAUUUUAAGCGUCUGCUGGUGACGUUAGUACAGGCGAAUCGUAACGAUAGUAACCAGAUUGACAGAAAUAAAGCUCAUCAGGAUGCCAAGGCUCUGUAUGAAGCAGGAGAGAAGAAAUGGGGCACGGAUGAAUCUAGAUUCAAUGUGAUACUAGGAAGUCGAAGCUACCCUCAGCUACGUGCCACGUUUGAAGAAUAUAAGAAGAUAUCAAAGAAGGAUAUUGAACAAGUUCUAAAGAGUGAGAUGUCAGGAGAUAUAUUAAGAGCUAUGUUAACUAUUGUAAGAUGUGUCAAAAAUAAAGUCGGCCAUUUUGCUCGUCAACUCCAGAAAACCAUGAAAGGUCUUGGAACUGAUGAUGAUACUCUAGUAAGGGUUGUGGUCUCUCGAUGUGAAACAGAUUUAGUUCAAAUUAAAGAAGAAUUUGAAAAAUUGACUGGACAGACUUUAGAACAAUAUAUUGCAGUAAGUUAA